CAAAUGUUAAUCCCCUUACUCCAUCUUUGUAUGAAUUUAGGACUACAGUUAUCUAUAUGUAGCUAAUGUGUAUGGUUUUCGCCUUAAACAUUGAACAAUAGCCGAUUAAUAUUAUUUUCAUCCAGAUUUAUAGCCAAGACUGAGUAGGUCACCUAGGAAUACCUCCAGCUUCGGUUGUAGCGCCGCAACAUCGCCCUCUUUUGCUCCGGACCUUAAAUGACAUGUCUGCUUUUGUCAACGACAACCAAGCGAGUCAGACAGUCGUUUGGGUUUGCCUGUGGUGCUAACCAGCCAGCAACAACCAACCGCCUGAAUGUAGAUCCGCAUGGGCUACUACUACUCUUUCUCUCCAAAUAACCCAGCGGAAUCAUAAGAUAAGGAUCCCAGGAUGGUCUUAGUGCAUGUCGGAUAUCUGGUUCUUCCUGUAUUCGGCUCAGUAAGAAACAGAGUAUGGAGGCUGGCUCUACAUUCUGCAUUUAUCAGAUCUUUGUCGUCCCCCCCAUUGUGUAGCUAAUGAUCAUCUGCUGCUGUGUGGUGUGGCGUGGCCUCUGCCUGUUCUCUGCAUUUAGCUGUAUUGUGAAUCCCUUCUUCAUUUCCUCUUUCCAUCAGAAGACGACAUUGGUAUUAAAAAGCACCCCCUCCCAAGAUGUAUUCAGCCAUAGACUUUCCAUGUUAAGCAGACUAAAACAAUAGCUAACACCUAGACCAGAGCACCUUUUUGUCUUUUUUUCUGUCAAAUUGCUGUAGCACUGAGUAAAACAUUUUAGCUCCUUUUUAGAUAUCAGUUGAAUGUCAUUGUGUACCUCCCAUCCAGUCUUGAUAGACAACAUGCUGUAAAUUCCUGUAAAGUGGAUACAUUUUGCAUGAUCUUAAAUACUGCACUGCAUCGUUGAACACCAGAAUUUGGCUCAUCUUCCUUCUCUUCACACAAGGUGCAAUGUACAUGAUUAAAGUGACCUGUAAAUUUUAAGAAAACAAGCAUGCCAAUUGGAACCAUAUGCAUGCCGUUUGUAUUGUCGAAACUCAGCAUUUCAGCAAAUGCUGUCAUGUGAUCACUUGAAAUGACUGAAGGUACACUGCACCUGCACACAACAACCUGCCAUAACUGUCUCCAUUUUUGUGUAAUCCUUUUGUUCCCUUUGCAAAUUUCAAGCUUCGAAUCACACUGAAUUGUCAGGGCUGUUUGCCCCUUAUGGGCAAAUAAAACUAAACAUUUUUCGUAAGCAAAACAUGCUCACUGGUGGUUCAUCACUUCCCAAUUUUCCCCACUAACAUGAGGCCAAAAUGCUAUCCAUUUCACAGGGAUGCCUAUUUUCCUGCACUGCUAAAGAGAUCCUCUAUUAGUAAUAACGUCUUUAUUGUUUGGUUGUGGUCUCUCUUUACCUUUUGUUCUGGUAAUAGUACUUUCAAUGCAUGGUCACAUUUAUGAUUCAUAAUUUUUGGUUUUUGUUUUUCUACAUUGACUAGUGAAAAUCCAAUGUAAUCUUUCUGUAGUAAAGAUGUACCCUGCUGUACUGAAAUCAUGUGCUGUAGCCAACACGUCUGCUCAUUGGAUGCCGCUUUUGUUCUUUUUAACCCUAUAUGGAGCAUGGUGGGCCUUGCCUUCAGUCUAUGUUGUUUAUUUUUGUUGCAUGGAUUUAUACUAUUAUUACAAACAAACAAGAAAAAAAAAACACAAAUUCCACAUAUACUAAUAUUUUUCAAUAAAGAAUAUAGUGUUUUUCCUAACCUUCAGUGUGCUUCUUGCUGAUUUCCAUUUAUUGUCCUCCCUCUCCCUUGUCCCUACCUGCCCCCUCCACCCCCCCUCCCCACCCACCUCCUCUCCCGCUGUGACAAAGAUAGACAAUUUCCACGCUUCCUCCAUCACAGGGCCUGAAUGAGUCUAUCUGCUGUCAUUCAUGGUGAUCGUUUUCACUGAGGCGCUUGAAAACGCAGUGUGCUUACUUACAGUCUAGACUUGAGCCUUUGACCCGCGGCAGCAAGGUCACCUCUUGUCUGCCCGGCAACACUGACGACCUGAAAAUACCGCUGGAAGGUCAUGCUGCCCAUCUUUGCAGGGUGUGUUUUGAAAUCAUACUGCGUUUUUCAAGCGUACUCCUAGUAAAUGCAAUGUAGACUUUGCCUAUUUCCUCAUGAUUUAUAUAAAAAGAAAAUCACUGUUUACAUUAAAAUAUGUCUUUUACACUGUUAAAACAGAGUAAAUUCUCCACCUUCUAUAAGAACUGCACAAUCUCUAUAUCUGUACUGGUAGACUUGUGUAAAAUUCACUGCUUUAGCUCCUGCCGGAUGGACAUAACAGAGCACAGUAUAUUGAAUCCUGCUCCACUGCAGACCUAUCAUGCCUUCCUCCAGCCAGGAUUUCCUCAAAAGUUUCUAAUCAAAGCUAAAUCUGUUAUUGCAAUUUCGCAGUCCUUCCAUAAUCAGAGGAGUCUUUUUAAGCAUAAGCACAGUAUUAAAACCAUAUUGCACCAUGGCACAAGAAAGUCUGUAUUUUCUCCCUGUCGAGUUUCCACAGCAGUCUGUUCACUGCAGUUGCCAAAUAGCUGUGGUUGGAGAGAGUAAAAAAAAGCAUUCAAGCUAUUUCCUCUCAACUCGUGAAUGUUCAUAUGGGAGCAGAACAACACUGCAUGUGUAAGACACAAAGAUAUAGUAGGUUUGAGUGAAGCACAGAUGUAUAGUAAUGUGAAUAUACUGUCUGGUUAAGGUUUUAAGAAGGAAGAUCGUGUUCUUUAUGGUUAUAUAGAUAGAGACUUGGCACAUUAACAGUUAUAUAUAUCUCUUAUAGACAGCCAGGUACAAAAGGUUUUACUCAGAGUGCACUGACCCACUGUCAGCUGCAGAAUUUACAAGAGCCGAGCUGCGUUGAAGACCAUAUACUGGUAGAUCUCAUCUGUUCUGAUCCAGUUCGCUUGAAUCAGAAGACCAGGAGUCGAUCCAGAGGUCGGAAAAUGCAGUUAAAGAAAUGAAAAGCUCGCGUUUUGUGUGCAGCACCAAAAUGGUUGUCAUGCUCAUGGUACUUGUGGUAACCAUCAUUUUCCCACCCCCACAGAAGUAUUUUUCACCCUAGGUAAGAGGUAGGGCUUCAUUAACAUGCUAUAUCACACACACAGUGACACCACAUUUCACCCACAAUUAAUUCCAGCUAAUCUCUCCCCUCAGGUGCCUGACAACUUCUCCUUAUCCCCCCACAGGAUCCCAUUUCAACCGGCAACAGCAGCAACAGCAGCAGCACAGCCAUGCUACCUCUUGCCGGCACUUCCAGUUAGGUCCUCAGGCCCCGCUGCCCAUGGACUUCCCCAUGCCCCACCCAGGGCAGCCACAGUCAGGCAUUAACCCCCACCUGGCCCCUCCUGGCCACCAGCAUGGCCCUCCACUCCACCCGCCUCUCAACCCCCUGCCCGCUCCCCAGUUCCAGGACAUCCCUGCCCCUCCCUUCCUACCUCAGGCAUUACACCAGCAAUACCUCCUCCAGCAGCAGAUCCUCGAGGCCCAGCACCGACACAUCCUGCCACCCUCCAGUAGACGCACCCCAGAGAGAGUUCCUCACCAGCCCCACAGACUGCGGCCCGGCUAUGAGUUUGCUCCCCCACUUCAUGUCCCUCCUCAGCCUGUGGUGCAGCAGCCCCGCUACCUGGCUGAGGGCACAGACUGGGAUCUAAGUGUAGAUGCUGGGCUGCCCCCCCACCAGUAUCACAUCCAUCCGCUGCCGCAGCACUAUCAGCACUACUUGACCUCUCCUAGGAUGCACCACUUCCCUAGAAACAAUGCCUCAACACAAGUGGUUGUCCAUGAGAUCAGAAACUACCCAUAUCCCCAGCUGCACUUGCUGGCUCUGCAGAGUCUCAACCCCUCCCGCCACGCGUCUGCUGUUAGAGAGAGCUACGAGGAGCUUCUGCAGCUGGAGGACAGGCUGGGCAGUGUAAACCGAGGAGCAGUCCAAACCACCAUAGAAAGAUUCACGUUCCCCCAUAAGUACAAAAAGAGAAUACCCCAGGACCUGAAGAUGUGUCUGGAUGAUGAGGAGCUGGACACCGAUGAGAAGUGCACCAUCUGUCUGUCAAUGCUGGAGGAUGGAGAGGAUGUCAGGAGAUUACCCUGCAUGCACCUCUUCCACCAGGCGUGUGUGGACCAGUGGCUGGCCACCAGCAGGAAGUGCCCCAUCUGCAGAGUGGACAUUGAGACCCAACUGACCCCUGACAGUUGAUAGCUCCUGUCGACUCCUGCAGCUUUGGAUCUGGUCUUGUUAAUUCUCCAUUGCCUCCCCAUCCAGGGGGGAAGCUCUGCCAAACACCCCUCUCUUGCCCUCUGCAUCACUCAACGAGCCUGCCUUCUGAGACAGCUGUGACAGAGGGAUCAACAAAGCACACUCACCUACAACACAGCGAGGGAUGGGGGUUGAUGCAUAGAUAUGUGGCUGGACUGAAGGUUGCUUUAAAUGGACUUGCUGGAUGUGACAGGUAGGAGCGGACACGUAUGGACAGAUGUGCUGAGGCUUCACACACAGAUUCUGUCAGAUUGUGUACCCUGUGUACAUUUCUCCAUACCGCCAUCAAAGAGAGGACACUCUGACUACCAACCUCCCCAGCUCAGUGUGGCGUAUUAAGGCCAUUUCUCUGCCACUACAUCAAAACCCUUUCCGCCCCUCCCCAGGCCUGUGAAAAAAUCCUUUAAGCUGCACUCUGCCCAAGCCCUCAGCACAUCUGUACAGAACAUUAUCAAAUGAUUAGCAUGAGGUUGUUUGGUGUGAACUCUCGUAGCUGAACGCUUGUGGUGUAAUGGAGUAUAGUACUGAAUAAGUAUUUACAGAGUAACAGUGUUGUGUAGCAAGCAAAGCCUUUUGAGAAAUAUGUUUGUGAAAAAUAAACCUACAGAGAGGGUGAAUACAGCUCAAAUAAGGGAGAAUAUUCAGCGUGUUAAUUAAUCAUAAGACGAUGAGGAAAGAGCUAGUUGUGUAAAAAAAAAAAGGCCAAAAAUCCCUCUUUCUUGUCUAACAUGGUUUUGGAUUUACAGUUAGUAGAUGCCAUCAGAGUUGAUGCUAAACCCGCUAACUGCAGGCAUGGCUUCCAGUGAUCUGUGUAGUGUCGUAGUGGGGCCUCUAUUAUCUAGAGCAGAGGCCUCAGAUGUGCAUGCUGUAUGGCAGGCUUGGGCUGUGUCGUUAAUAUUGUGGAGCAGUAGAAACAGGGACUGUGUCUGUGCAUGUGAACCGUAUACUAUGACUCUGACGAUGCCACUCAUUCAUAGAGGAGGACAAGAAUGCACCUAAUACCCCUCCCCCCCCCUCCCCCCACUCCAUCCUGAGUAGACCAAAGUUGCCCUUAGACACCGAUCUCAGACCCAUGUAGCAUUUCUCUCCUGACGUCAGGAUUCAAAGAGCUGCUAGCAGAUCCGUGUCUAACUGCAACUCCUCUCUGUUGCCUCGCUCAUGGCAUGAUCACAUGACAUGAGAGGCCGGCAUGGGCUUGAGGAUGCAGUGCCUGAGGUCUUGCCAUCAGAGUGACUAAAAUCUGACAUUUGUAUUACCUAUUACCAGAACCUUAUUGCCUAUCAAACAAGCACAUGUGAUUUCUAUAUACAGUGAAUCGCCUCUGUUGUGUAUCGGCUCCUUUUCAUUUCAAUCUAAGUUGCUCCCACUGUUUGAUUAAAAAGACUGUGUAUCUGGUGUUACAGGGAAAAUACAAACUAGUUUGCCUGUGAUAACGUGCUAGAAUGUGUAUGAUUGUCCCCCACCCCCCUCUCCCCCCAUGGUAGUAGUGUAUGGUAUUGCUAGAACAACUGUGAUAUGUUCAGUGAUAGAAGCCGUUUUCUCUAUAUCAUGCAUGAACCAUGUCGGCGUAGUUCACUUGAAGGAGGGUGAAAGGGAGAAAAAGCCAUCCAUUUGAAAAAUACCAAACAAUUGUUCUUAAUUUUAUUUUCAAUUGUCUUUUUCUGCCAUUUUCUUUUUCUUCUUACUUGUAUUUUUUUUUUUUUUUUUUUUUGCGCUC